AUGUGUAAAAUAGGCCAUUCAAAAUUGUCAAGGAUAGAAAAGAUGCUACUUUCCCUAACGACUCGUAGAAGUCUUUAUAGCACGAAGGUCCAUGGCAGCUCUUCACUGGAGUUGAAGACGGUCUUAAAAGAGCUAAUUCCUCAAAGAAAACAAGAAAUUUUAGAACUGAAGAAGAAUUAUGGCGAUGUGAAAGUUGGUGACAUCACUAUAGGUUCCGUCAUUGGCGGCAUGAGAGGUAACAAUUCAAUGUUUUGGCAGAGCACCUCUCUAGAUCCUUACGAGGGCAUCAGAUUUCAAGGUAAAACUAUUCAAGAUUGUCAAAGAUUAUUACCCAAGGAUCCCAAAGAUCCAGAUGAAAAGAGGAAUUUCUUACCAGAGGGUAUGUUUUGGCUUCUGGUAACGGGUCAAAUAGCUACUCAGGAACAAGCAUCUCAUUUGUCGAGGGAGUUGGGAAUUAGAGGUCGUAAAUUACCAGAUGACACUGAAAAACUAAUGUCUACUUUACCUUCUGAUAUUCAUCCUAUGACACAACUUGCCAUUGGAUUAGCUUCCAUGAACCAAACAUCAAAAUUUGCCAAGAAAUAUGAGAGAGGAGAUAUUGGUAAGAAUGAAUACUGGGAAUACGCUUUUGACGAUGUGCUUAACCUGAUUGCAGCCCUACCUCAAUUAAGUGGUAAAAUUUACUCUAAAAUUGCCGCCAAAGGUAAACCACUUGGUCAAUUCAAAGAGGAUCGUGAUUGGAGUUACAACAUUUGUUCAUUAUUGGGGAUGACUAGUGAGGAUUCUUGUAAUCGUCAGAAUUUGACUGCAAAGCAAUCUGGUGAUUUUGUGAACCUGAUGAGAUUGUAUACAGGAAUUCAUGUGGAUCAUGAAGGUGGUAAUGUAUCUGCUCACACUACCCAUUUAGUUGGAAGCGCUCUUAGCGAUCCUUAUUUGAGUUAUUCUAGCGGAAUCAUGGGGCUUGCUGGUCCACUCCAUGGGUUAGCAGCUCAAGAAGUGGUCAGAUUCUUAAUUGAAAUGAAUUCUUGUAUUACUUCCCCCCAAAACGAAAUUGAAAUCAAGAAAUAUUUGUGGAAAUUACUUGAAUCCAAAAGAGUAGUCCCAGGAUAUGGUCAUGCAGUCCUUCGGAAAACUGAUCCUAGAUUUGUUGCUAUGCUUGAUUUUGUCAAGGCAAGACCUGAAGAAUUUAGUCAAGAUGAAAAUGUUAUCUUGAUGGAGAAAUUAUCUAAAAUUGCCCCUAAGGUUCUCAAGGAACAUGGCAAAUGUAAGAAUCCAUAUCCAAACGUUGAUUCUGCAUCAGGAAUUCUAUUUUAUCACUACGGUAUAAAAGAAUUGUUGUUUUUCACAGUUAUCUUUGGUUGUUCACGUUCAAUGGGUCCAUUGACCCAGCUGGUCUGGGAUAGGGCUUUGGGGCUACCAAUUGAAAGACCAAAGAGUUUAGAUUUUAACUCACUGCGUUCUCUAUGCAGAUGA